AUGGAUAAUAGGAACCAUUCAGUUGUGACACAGUUCCUCUUCGUGUCUUUCUCUGAAUUCUUGGAGGUGCAGGUCUCCCUUUUCUUCUUGGUGCUGGUGUUGUACCUCAUCACCUUGGUGGGCAAUGUCGUCAUCAUCACGAUCACAGUGGUGGACCCUGCCCUUCACUUCCCCUUGUAUUUUUUCCUCCGGAACUUGUCCUUUCUGGAAAUCGGCUACACCUCGUCCACCAUCCCCAAGAUGCUUGUGAACUUCCUUUCCAAAGACAAAAGUAUUUCCUUCCUGGGCUGUGCCACGCAGAUGUAUUUCUUCACCUUCUUGGGGAUCACAGAGUGCUGCCUGCUGGCCGCCAUGGCAUAUGACCGUUACGUGGCUAUCUGCCACCCUCUGCACUACAGGGCCAUGAUGAGCAGAAGUGUGUGUCUCCAGCUCUCGGCUGUGUCUUGGCUCAUUGGUCUGCUGGUGGCAUUAGGGCAGACAACUUUCAUAUUCAUUCUGCCCUUUUGUGGGCCCAAUAGUCUCAACCAUUUCUUCUGCGACCUGCCCCCACUGCUAAAGCUGGCUUGCACAGACACCUACAGGAAUGAAAUUUCUAUUUACACCAUCUGUGUCCUCUUCAUCAUGGUCCCCUUCCUACUCAUCCUUGUGUCCUAUGUCCGUAUCCUCUAUGCUAUCCUCAACAUACCGUCAGAUACAGGCAGGAGCAAAACCUUCUCCACCUGCUCUUCCCACCUCAUUGUGGUGACCUUGUUCUACGGGUCUGGUAUCAUGACGUAUUUGAGGCCCAAAUCCAGCUACUCGCUCCACAUUGACAAACUGCUUUCCCUGUUCUACACAGUGGUGUCCCCAAUGCUGAACCCUUUGAUCUACAGCUUGAGGAAUAAAGAGGUAAAGGAAGCCCUGAGAAGAGUGAUAGUCAGAAAAAUAUUUAUUUGA